UGGUCUGUAGAGCCCUAAGCGCAUUCUUAAUAACUGAAGGGAUGUAUAGUUUACUUCCACCCAUAUGAGGUCGCUGGUCGUGCCUGGCCCAUGGUAUUCUCAAGAAUCAUCGUCGGCCUCCUCAUUUUUGAGGUGACCUCAGCCGGCAUUUUUGCUUUGAAAAGGGCAUUUGAACUUUCAGCUCUUUGUGCACCACUCAUAAUAGUCACCAUACUUUUCAAACUUGUUAUGGACUCUGCUUAUAACCGCAGCUCUCAAGUCAUCCCACUUCAAAUGUUAACACAAAAGUUUGGUUCGGAUCAACUACAAUAUCCAGCUGCAUUGGCAGCUCAGCAACAAAAUGGUGAACUCAGUCCAUCAGCGGUAGAAGACCCACCAGAGCGAGCUCCAGCGAGAAGGAGGACAGUGCUAGACGAUGAUGACUACGAAGCAGAACCUGUUGAACAAACAGAUUUCAAAGAGCCACCCAUGACCUUGUUUGACGGUAUACUCAAUACUGGUAUGAAGCGGUUUGGGCAUCCUGUCAUUGUCGGUGUCUUGCCUCAAUUAUGGCUUCCAGUGAAAGGGGGACACCAAAUGCAGCGCCGAAGAUCACGAUACAUUCGGCCGUCGGUAUCAACAGCUUCACUUCGUAUCAAAAGAUCAUCUUCACGAGCCGUGGCUCAAAAUGGAAAUGCGGACCAGGUCGGUCAAGGUCUUGCUCAACCGGAAUACCAAGAAGAACCUCAGGACAUGGAAGCGGAUGAAAGGUCAGGUCUGUUAUCUAAUGGCGAAACUGCCGUACAAGUUGAAGAUGAAGCAAACACUUCUGAAAACACCCGUGAAGAUUCUGACUAUGAUACAGAAGAAGACGGCAUCAAUGCAACGUAUUACCAUCAUCCAGAACGAAGACGUUCUAGAACAGACGUUUUGGCUACUACUGAUAAUAUAUCCACAACUCCAACGUAAUAAUAUACCUUAACAUUUAUUACGUACGUAGUUCCCCCCCCCCCCCGAAAUAAAUAGCGGGUCAAAGUUUGAGUAAAGUAUAUCGUAGCUCCUAUCUGCUACUUUACGC